UCAUCACACCGCAAUUUAAUAUACAAAAAAUUUAAUAUAUAUAUAUAUAUAUAUAAUAGUAAUAGCAGCAAUAGCAUUUGGCUCCUUCAAAGUCUAUAAACUACUCUACUCUCUUUGCUCCAUGCUCUUGAAAUAACUGGCACCACCACGCUGAUAGAAAAAGAAAGCCUUUUCUUUCUCUUUCAGCUCCAUAAAACCUUGUCUUCCUCUACUCUCAACCUUUGAACAACAACACAUGGAGCUUGCUUUGAGCUUAGGGGAAGCACCUAAGUCCUUCACUUUGCUUGACAACACUCCCAAACUACCUAAUAACAAGGAUCCAGUGGGUUUCUGCAUAGUACUUGGUGCUGCUGCUUCCUCCGCCGGAAAAUCCUCUGAGGAAGACAGAAGAGGAUCCUCAGAUCCGCCAGUUCAGCUCGACCUUCUCCCUUCAACGCCGGUUCUUCGCUCCCAACACCCAUCUUCACACCUUCGAAUUCCAUGGCUCAACGAUGCACUUGGUUUGGAGAGGGUGACAUCGGAGGCACCGGCGGCGAGG